AUGAAUCUCACCAGAGAACAAGUGUGCCUUUCGGUUAUGACUAAAGUUGGGUUCCUUUUUGAGAGAGGAAAUAUGCUUGUGGACCAAGAGAAGAGAGAUUCUGUUCUAACAUCCAAAAAUCAGAUUGAAAGAUUGACUCGUCCUGGUUCCUCUUACUUUAAUCUGAAUCCAUUUGAGGUUCUUCAGAUAGAUCCUGAAGUGACAGAUGAAGAAAUAAAAAAGAGGUUUCGGCAGUUGUCUAUAUUGGUGCAUCCUGACAAGAACCAAGAUGACGCUGACCGAGCACAGAAGGCUUUUGAAGCUGUGGACAAAGCUUACAAGUUGCUACUGGAUCAGGAACAAAAGAAGAGGGCCCUGGAUGUAAUUCAGGCAGGAAAAGAAUACGUGGAACACACUGUUAAAGAGCGAAAGAAACAGCUAAAGAAGGAAGGAAAGCCUACAAAUGUAGAGGAGGAUGAUCCGGAACUGUUCAAACAGGCAGUCUACAAACAGACCAUGAAACUGUUUGCUGAGCUGGAAAUUAAAAGGAAAGAGAGAGAAGCCAAAGAAAUGCAUGAAAGGAAACGACAAAGAGAAGAGGAGAUUGAAGCGCAGGAAAAAGCCAAGCGAGAAAGGGAGUGGCAGAAAAACUUCGAGGAAAGCCGGGAUGGCCGAGUGGACAGUUGGCGAAAUUUCCAGGCAAACACAAAGGGGAAGAAGGAGAAAAAGAACCGCACCUUCCUUCGGCCGCCAAAAGUAAAGAUGGAGCAGCGAGAGUGACCAGCAGGGCCACAGCCACAGCUGCCCUGGCUGCUCCUUCUGCUUCAAGGACUCAUUCUUUCUCCACUUCCACCCCA